AUGGAGGCUUGGAAUCGCUUGCGUGACAUAUUCCAGGAUAACAAACACUCUCGUGUUAUUACCCUUGAGUACGACUUCACUCACGUAGAUAUGGUAGAUUUUUCGAAUGUAUCUGCCUAUUGUCAAUAUUUUAAAUCUCUGGCGGAUCAACUCAAGAAUGUCAGCUCUCCGGUCGCUAACGAUCGACUAGUUCUUCAACUGGUGUCUUGCCUUACCGAGACCUACCAAGGUGUGGCCACUCUUAUUCGCCAACGUGACCCUUUGCCUCAAUUUUAUCAAGUCCAUUCGAUGCUCACUCUUAAGGAGGUUGGUCAUGCUAAGAAAGCGGCCCAAAGCUCCUCCGCUGCCUUAAUUGCUCGCUGGUCCGAGGGUCCUCUUGAUAAUUCCUCUUCCAACCGCAAUACUAAUGGUGGGAAGAGGAACCACAACCAGAGCAAUAAUGGUGGAAAGUAUCGUGGCAAUAAUAGUGGUCGUGGAGGCGGUAAAGGAGCUGCCAGCAUCGGCGAUAAUGCAGGCCAUGGUGGUCAGCUGAGAGGUGGCAACAGCCGCGGCACUGGGUAG